AGCUCACAAAACGCUCAGUCUUCUCACUUCAAAACCAAUGACGUUGGUCACUGUGCAAUAUUGCCCUGUCUGCACACUGCCGUACGAGUUCUGCCAUGUCGGCCCAACGCCCGAGGAGUGCAAGGCCAAGCUCAAAGCGCUCGACGAAGCCAUGUAUGAAAAGUACUGGUCGAACGUCCGAAUCGUUGCUCAAAAGCUCGACGAUCUGAAGUUGGACAAUGCCGCGGCUCCUGAAGGUGCGGACGGUGCAUCCACAUCUGCCAGUGCAUCAGGCGAACAAGCCCCUGCGACUGGCGAGGCGGCUGCCCCAGCAGAAGGCGAGGAAAAGCCCAAGAAGCCCAAGAAGGAGAAGAAGAAGAAGUCUAAGGAAGCAAUCAAGCAAGUCACCAUCACUCUCGAAAACCGCAACAAGCGCAAGUUCACAACCAGCGUGGAAGGAUUGGCACAAUAUGGCAUCGAUCUCAAGAAGGCUGCAAAGCUCUUUGCUGGUCGCUUUGCGUGCGGCUCGGCUGUUUCCGGCGAAGAUCUCAUUGUCAUUCAAGGCGAUUGCGUUGACGAUUUGAUGGACUAUUUGCCAGAACAGUUCCCUGAGAUUUCAGAGGACGCCAUCGAAUUUGAAGAGAAGAAGGCGUCCGCCUAAAGUUGAGCGAUCGUGUUGUUUUGUUUGUACUUUGUGUGAUUUGUUGUCAAUUACAAAGUUGCCUUUGUUGUUUUGUUUUGAAAAGAAAGUUAACAGUUGUGUGCAUCCUC